ACCUUGAGCGAUCCACCUGCCUCAGCCUCCCAGAGUGUUAGGAUUACUGGCAUGAGCCACCACACCUGGCCUAGGAGCUCUUCUUUACACAGUUGGGGGAGUAAGUGAUUGAGGAUGUCUUCUGAAUAAGAAUUCGUGAUAUUGAGUACCUACUGUGUGUUCUGCUUACAAUAGGUGUUUUACAUGAUCUCAUUUGGUUCUUACACCACCACUUAGGAGGUAAGUAGUAGGUACUGUUUUUAUCCCCAUUUUAUAGAAGAGGAAACUGAGGCCACACAGAGGUUGAUGAAAUGGCAAAGCCAGGAUGUUAGUCUAGAGCCUGCACACCUUGAAGUACUAAGAUGUUGCCACCUUCUUGAUAUGGUCCUUAUCAGCGCUCACGAAGCCUUCCCCAGCCUGCAGCGUGUAACCCUCCUUGGCACACUUCUUGUCCCACUGAAAAUGUACUUAUCUUUCUUUCAUUUCUUAACUUUCUUUCAUUUGUACUUAUGUAUCCUACCCCUCCUAGGCUGUGACAGCUGUCAGGGUGUGGGUGGAGGGGGUCCAUGGUAUACCAUACUCGUGGUAUGCGAGUUCUAUGUACAUACUGGGUGCUCAGCAUAUUCAACAAGCCCAUUGAAUAAAAUGUGCUAAGGAUAUAAGAAGCUGGCUGAGCUACUGCAAAUUUACUGGCACAGAUACCCCCAAAUUUUUAGUCUCAUUUAUAGGAAUUAUUUUAGGCAAAAAAUAAUUGGUGGAGAAAGGACUAAGCAACAUAAGUGUGUAAGCCACAGGUUGUCAGGCCAUGCGGCUUUUACCUAGAAUCUUAAACUAAUCAAGCAGAAAGACUGUGACAGAUGAAAUUCAGGACUGAGAUUUCCCUUGUGGAGGGGUGUGAACCAGGACUUUGGGGAACAGAAAAUGAGUAUGUUUACUUCUGGGAAGAGCCCUCAUUUCUUUAGUUACUUUAUUUCAUUUAUAGCCUUCCUUGGAUGUUGGUCACUUCUGGCAGGUUUGGGGUGGGUGUUUCAGAUUUUACUAGCUGUCUCAGUGGGGUGAAGGAGCCUGUGCCUUUGUCUGUACGAUUCUGAAACUGGGACCUGUGAGGGAAAGCCAGGAGGUGGCCCAGAGAGGGAAUUCACUGCAUUUCUCAUCAGUGGCGCUGUCAUGGGGGGAGAGUGAGCCCUGGGGCCAGCCAAGCACAGGUCAGGGCACUGCUUCUCCAAUUGUGACUGUGACCUACAGUAGCGGUAUGCCUUACACCUCACACAUACACACAACCUGAAGCAUUAUCUAUCCUUAUUACACAUGAUGCACUCUGACUUCUAUUUCAUUCAAAAAGAAAACAAAAGAGCUGGUCUGUGAUCCAGGAGCAGGUGGUCAGCAGCAGUGUGGAAAGCGCCGGGCCAGGCCUGGCAGCCUCAGAGCAGCCUCACCUGGAACUUGCUGGAAACUCAGGCGCUCAGUUUCUCCCCACACCCACUACACCUGAAUCUGCAUCCCAGGUGAUCGUGUGGGCUUUCCAGUUUGGGAAGGCCUGGCCUGGAGGACAGUGGGUCUGGCCUGUUGGGCUGGGAGGCAGUGCUAGGGGACAGUCAUGUGGGUCAUCCUUGCCUGUGAUUUGGUGAAACCAGUGGAUGCUUUCGGAGUGUCUGAGCCCUCAUUGCCUCCUUGUUUCUUCUGCCUGUAGCAGAUUCAGUCAUACUUUUAUAUGGGCACAAUUUCACAUUUAAGCUCCUUAUCCAAGGCUAAUUUUAUAUUAUGUUAAAUCACUUGUUUUUGUUCUCGUGGCUUCCUGCUUGCUAUAGGCAUAAUUACGAGGAAGCAGAACUCUUCAGAAACAAGCACACAUGCAUUCCAAAAUAAGAGAAAAUUCACCCUCCACACAGGAAAAGACCUGAGGCUUUAAUUAACGGGUUAAAUCCAAUCCCAAAGCGCUUUUGUGGGCACUGAUUGCUCAGGCUUAUGCGUCAAGAGGGGGUACAGGCUUUAGACAUGUAUAGACACACACACACAAAAAAAACAGCUGGAGUUUGAGCUUAAAAUACCCCUCAGUCUCCAAAGAAGAGGCCCCAGUCUACGAAACGUUGACUUCAGGGCUGUAAGGAGGAAGGGCAGCCGCAGAGAGAAGCGCCGCCUGCAGGAUGCCGCUGCCCGGGGGCCUCCUGUUGCUGCUGCUCUUGGGGGCCAUGGCCACCGCUGCCCUGCCCCUGGAGGGCGGCCCCACUGGCCAAGACAGCGGGCGUAUACAGGAAGUGGCAGAAAUAAAGAAAAGCAGCCUUUUGACUUUCCUUGCUUGGUGGUACGAGUGGACCUCCCAGGCCAGCGCCGGGCCCCUCAGGGAAGGGGAAGCCAGGGAGGUGUCCAAACGGCAGGAAGGCCGGCCCCUUCAGCAGUCCACGCGCCGAGAUAAAACGCCCUGCAAGAAUUUCUUCUGGAAGACCUUCUCCUCCUGCAAAUAAAACUGCUCCCGUGAUUACUCAUGCAAACCGUGUACUGAUGGACCUGAAUAAAAUGUGUUAAACAGCA